AUGGAUUUAGAGCAGCGGAUCAAAGCUUACCGUUUCGUGGCCUAUUCCGCUGUCACGUUCUCUGUUGUGGCAGUACUUUCUGUCUGUGUUACGCUUCCCAUGGUAUACAACUAUGUACAUCAUGUGAAGACAUCUAUGCACUCAGAAAUCAAUUACUGCAAGGGAUCAGCGAAGGAUAUUUGGAGCGAGGUGAACAGUCUCAAAAACAUCCCGUCUAACCGUACUUCCCGUCAAGCCGGCUACGGAGACGCUGCGGUAUCGUCUGGAUCUUCAGUUACCAGCAUGGGUGGAAAUGCGUGUGAGGCGUGCUGCCUCCCAGGUCCAGCAGGUCCUCCCGGAGUACCAGGAAAGCCUGGACGCCCUGGUAAGCCAGGAGCUCCUGGCCUUCCCGGAAAUCCAGGACGUCCACCUCAGCAGCCGUGUGAACCGAUCACGCCACCACCAUGCAAACCGUGCCCACAAGGGCCGCCCGGUCCACCGGGUCCUCAAGGUCCUCCUGGAGAUCCAGGACCAAACGGAGCUCCAGGCGCUCCUGGAAAUGAUGCGCCUCCAGGAGAACCUGGACCAAAAGGACCUCCAGGACCGAAUGGCAACCCUGGAGCGCCCGGCGCCCCUGGAGAACCGGGAAUGGAUGCCGUCUCAGAACCUCUUAUCCCAGGAGAACCGGGACCAGCUGGAGAGCCAGGACCACAGGGACCUCCAGGAGCACCCGGUCUACCAGGAGCGGAUGGUGCACCUGGGCAACCUGGGCCAAAAGGACCUCCCGGACCAGAUGGCAAACCUGGAGCCGACGGAAAUCCAGGUACACCUGGACCAGCUGGGCCACCAGGAAGUCCUGGAGAGCCCGGAAUCUGUCCUAAGUACUGUGCAAUUGAUGGCGGAGUGUUCUUCGAAGACGGAACUCGACGUUGA